CAGAGUAUGUGAAGGAGGUGAACGACUCAAGAACCGGUAGGAAGCAAACGAAACGUAGGGCUUGGCGCAGCAUUUCGAAAGCGGCAGUGAGGAGUUGGAAAGCGAUGAAGACUCUCAUUGCAUUUGAUUUCGACCACACCAUUGUGGACGACAACUGUGACACAUGGGUCAUCCAAAGCACCCCGGACAAGUGCUUGCCAGACUCGAUUAAAAAGAGCUAUCAAAAGGGUCGGUGGACUGAAUAUAUGGGCAGAGUUAUGUCAUACAUAGGUGAUCAAGCCGUCACACCAGAAGCGAUCCGUUCUGUCAUGAAUACGAUACCUUUCACAGACGGUAUGGUGGAGCUCUUCACGUUCAUAGCUGGACACAAGAAUGACAUCGACUGUAUCAUCAUCUCCGAUGCCAAUACGCUUUUUAUCGACUGGGUCUUGGAGGGAGCAGGGCUUCAACCAGCAUUUGACAAAGUGUUUUCCAAUCCAGGUAGUAUCGACACCCGUGGUUACAUAACGGUGCAAUGCUACCAUUCCCACGAGUGUGUAAAGUGCCCAAUCAACAUGUGCAAAAAGAAGAUUCUCGAGGAGUUCCUUGAAGACCAAAACAAGUUGGGCAUAAAGUAUUCACGGACGAUUUACGUUGGAGAUGGAAGCAACGACUUGUGCCCGCUCAAGUGCAUGCGUGAAGAAGAUAUUGCCAUGCCACGGAAAGGGUUCACCCUGGAACGUCUGUUGCAGGCCGGAGUUGAAUCCAAGGAAGGCACGCUUCUGAAGCCUCGUGUCGUGGUGUGGUCAAGCGCUACGGAAAUUCUCAGUGAACUGAAAGCGGUCAUCCAGUAGAGGGCGCAUGAGGUGCAUGAACUGUGCACUCAAAUCAAUUACAAGGGCUACUACUACCAAUUAACCACUAAUCACUUUUUAAAAUGACUGGGUCCUCGGUGUCAUACGAUGUAUCACUACUAUGAGGCGAUAUCGAACAAUGCAAAGAGGUGGUGGGCUAUACAAUAUGAGUGAAUAACCAGCUUCAUAUUUGCCGUAUCAGGGCCGCUGACAGCUUUGGCUGGGCCCAGGACAAAGUAAUCUGAAAGGCCCCCCCAUCCAAUGCAGUCAGUGUAAUGAGGGCCCAAUUACGGGUCCCCCAUCUCCCUGGGCCCGAGACAGCUGAUCCCUUUGUACCCCCUUGUCUGCUUCCCUGGCCAUAUCUGUCUUCACUUUUAAUUAAAAAAAAUAAUAAUAACAAUAAAGAUACUGGCGACA